GCGAAGUCACGGCCCUCGCGUUGACGGCGGAGGCGAUCUCCCGGCACAAGGCCGGCGGGAUGCUGUACAGCUGGCCCUGGGUGUGGCAGUUCUGCACUACUUGGCCCUUGCGGCGGAAGGUGCCCCUCUGCGCCACCUCAGGGUGGCGACCCUGUUCUCUGGACUGCUCGCAACGGUAGCCGCCGACGCCGCAGACCGGCCGCUCGGGCGUCCAGUCCAAGUUGGACCAUAUCCUGGUGAGCUUGCGGUAAGGGUAGCCGUAAGUGCAAUAGCUGACGUCCUGCCAGGGCAGCCCCGCCAUGAAGGGGCGGAGCUUCAGGAGCCCCGUGGCAGGAUUCUCCAAAGCCCAGAAGCGAGGCCGGAGCUCUUGGAUGAUCUGCAGAGUCCGCUGCACCAGGCGGUCGCCCUCUUCCAGCCGCCGGGAUCAUGUCAAAGUGGCCGCGCGAACUUCGGGAACGGCUCCCACGAGCAGAUGUCGGCGCAGAUGGUCGGGUCGGCUUUGGGGUCGACGUCAAGCGAGGUGACUUCCCACCCCAGUUCCGCGAAGGCUCGGCCCAUCGAGCCAGUCCCCGAGAACAGCUCCAGCAAUCGGCGCAUCGUUUUCCAUGUCGGGCUGGCAGGCCAGCCACACGACCGCGACCAAGGCGGCGCAGCAGCAGGCCAGCUCGAGGUUGCAGAGGGCCACCUCCCGCCAGCUCAGCGGCCGAGGGGGCGGCGUGUCUGCGUCGAAGAGUUGGGCGUGGCUCCGCCGCAGGGCCGCGGGCGAGUGGGUCAUGGUUUGGACCCAGCAAUGGAGCUCGUCUUGGGCGAGGUGCAAAGCAACGCCAAGGGCGGCAAGUAUCUGCCGAUCAAGGGCAAGGACGGCUGCAACAACCCCACGUUUCACUCCACGCAGUGGGCCGCCGUGGUGUGGGAGCCUUCGGCUUACGCCGCCGAGGGGGAUAGGGUCAACGUCUGCCUGGAGGCCACGGAGGAGCUCGCGGAGGCGGUUUCGAGAUGGGAAACUGCCGCGGUGGGGCUGGCGACCAAGCACGCCGCGUCCAUGUUCGGCAAGCCCCUGAGCCAGGCCCAGAUGCAGGAGCGCUUGCAGUCGUGCCUGAAGACCUCCGCGCAAGGCCUAAAAUUCUGCAAGCUCAAGGCCACUAUGCGGAACGUGCGCUUCUGGGACUCGGAGGGCAAGCGGGCCGAGGCGCCCGCCGGCCUGCGAGGGCGAAAGGUCCUGGUGGCGGUACAGCCGCGGCAGCUCUGGGUGAUGAACCAGCAGUGCGGGCUGGUUCUGGAGCUCCGGGACGUCAAGUUGGAGGAGCAGGCCGAAGAUGCCUGCCCCCUAUAA